AUGCGGCUCCCCAGGGUGAAGAACAAACAUGCAGCACCCACGCAGGUCUUUGUCAAUGAUCUUCUUCCUGCAGGCUCGCAGCUGGCAGCUUCGGCAGGCUGUGAGGCAACCGGCGGGACACGGCCAUCUGUGAUAAGAGAUGCCCACGAGGAUAGGUUGGCACGCCAAGAAUUUCAGCGGGAGCGGCUUUCAGAGGUGCCUUGCUGCGUGCCACAUGAGGGAUGGCUGUCAGCACCGGGCAAGGAAGACAACCAGGAGCAAGUGGCUGAAGCUGACCCUUCUGGGUGCAGCUGCUGGCCGUAUCAGUGGCUCCUCCAGCGAGUUUUGCUCUUGGAGAGAGACAUGUCGUUCACGCCCUCGUGUAGGCAGACUGCAAGCAGUCGGCAGUUCUUUGCAAGAACCUGCAAAGGCAUUCUUGCAUUGGUUGCAGCAGCUGAAGACAUACUGCUGCAAGUUCUGGAAGAGCUCUGGGCCCUCACGACGGUCGUACAGAAUUUUGAGUGGGUGAACACCAAGCGCGGCCCUUGCAUGCGGAGGGAGCAGAUUGAGCUGGAGCAUGAUGAUGUUUGGCGUGUAUCCAAAGCACGCUUGCAGCACUGGCCACGGCUUGACGAGCAGCACAUUCACGAGGUAAGCUUCGGUUCGAGACCGCAGCGAUUCUGCAAAGCCGCAGAUGCUGAACUGCUGGGAGAUCCGAUGGACAACAUAUUUAUUAUCAAUUUGCCUCGCAGACCAGCAAAGCUGAAACAUGUCCUAGCACAGCUCCAUGGCGAGGGGUUAAAUGCAAAGAUCGUGGAUGCAAUCGAUGGAGACCUAAAUGUUGAGGUUGAGCAUAGCAUCCCAUCAGCGCUGAUCCUGGAGGAUGACUUCGACCUGCAGGACGGCUUCAAGGAAAGACUUGGAAGCUACCUGGAAGAGGCCCGAGAUCACGAUUGGAACUUAAUGUACUUGGGCCGAAGUCCGACAGAACCGGACAUAUGCCGCAUCAGCCAGCACUUGGCGCAGCCUGGUUACACUCUGUGGACCGUGGGGUAUAUCUUUAAGCUGGAUGCUGCCCGCGCUUUGGUUCAGGCCGAGGUCGAGAAGAGGCUGGCUCCGCUGGAUCACUAUUUCUCCGUAGCCAUGGGCCAGGGUUUCAGCGGCCACUGGAACGAGAAUGCGGUGGAGUGGAGCCAGUACAUUCCUCAGGUCCUCCGGGGGCUGGCGAUAACUCCGCCGUUGGUCAUGCCGUAUGUUGGAUCCAUGUUCCUAAGUGACACUGCCAUGUUGCGCUCGGUCCUAAGACAGCUUGUGGGCCUUCGACAAUCAUGA